AUUUAUUAAAUAUAAGACAUAACUCUUCAAGAUGGAAGAAAAAGGAGAUAUUCAGGCUGGAUUUGCCGUCGAGCAAACUUUGUUCGGUAAAUGGUCAUACAGAGGUAUUGAGUGUGAGGACCAGUCACUCGAAAGCUACGUCAGUGUCAAGACCACCAAGUCCAAGGUUUUCUACCCACACACCGCCGGAAAAUACCAAACUAAGCAGUUCGAUAAAGUGAGAUGCCCACUCGUAGAGAGACUUGUCAACUCAUUGAUGUACAAAGGAAGAAACAAUGGUAAGAAGCAAAUGGCCGUCAGAAUUGUCAAGCAAGCCUUCGAAAUCAUCCACUUAUUAACCGGAGAAAACCCAAUUAAGGUUCUUGUCGAUGCCAUCUCUAACUGUGGAGCCAGAGAAGAAUCAACCAGAAUUGGAUCAGGAGGUAACGUCAAGAGACAGGCUGUCGAUGUGUCUCCAUUGAGAAGAGUCAACCAGGCUUUCUAUCUCAUGUGCAAGGGAGCCAGAGAAUCAUCAUUCAGAAACAUUAGAUCUAUCGCUGAAUGCUUAGCUGACGAAAUUCUCAAUGCUUCAAAGGCUAGCACCAACUCUUUCGCUGUCAAGAAGAAGGAUGAGACCGAAAGAACCGCUAAGGGAGACAGAUAA